AGGGCUGGGCGAAGGCUGACCAAUCAGAUGGACGUAAGGGGGCGGGACGCUUGACGGCUGAUCUGCGAGGGGAGGAAGACAUCAUGUGGCCUCUCUUGUGGGCUGCCGUCCGCACGUAUGCACCCUAUGUAACCUUUCCCGUGGCCUUUGUGGUUGGGGUUGUGGGCUACAAUUUAGAGUGGUUCAUUCGUGGGGACCAACAGCAACCAGUCGAAGAGAAGAGCAUUUUUGAAUUGCGUGAAGAGAGAAAGCUUGCUGAGAUCACAAAUAAAGAUUGCACCAAAGUGCUAAGCCUAAAGGACAAACUGGAGUUCACGCCAAGGGCAGUGCUAAACAGGAAUCGACCGGACAAGGCCAGUAAUAGCUAGCCCACCAAAAAUGAUGCAGUGGAGCAACAACCGGUCUCCCACAUGCAGUUUGUGGACGGUACAAAGUGCACUGGAGUUGGAACAUUUGCCCAACUGAGUUGUUGCAGAGUUCACCGAAAAAUAAUUAUUUGGAGCUUGUUCCCCAGAUUUCCAGUGAAGUGAAAAUUCUGUAGCUUCCAGGCUUUUAUUGACCCUUCAAUAACCGCAAGCUAUAAAGUUCCUGAUGUGAUUUAUCCUGAAGAAUCUCUUUCUGUGUGGUUUCCACCCCUCCCCACCACCACCACCACAACUCCGGUUCUCUAGUUGUUAUCCCUUGACUGGUACAUCUUGUCCUAAGUAAAUGAAAUGUCAAAAUUCCUGACUUGUUAUGAAUUUGAUUAUAAUGUAUUAUAGUCAGAUUAGAUAAGGGUUACCAUUGAAAAUAAAAUUACUGAACAAUGA